AUGUGCACUAAAUGGGAUAACGAUGAAGUGCUACAGAGGUUUAGAGAAUACCUAAGAAUACCAAGUGUACAUCCCAACGUAGAUUAUAAUGACUGUGUCAAGUUUUUGAAAAAACAGGCAGAUCUUUUGAAGCUAACUUUUGCCGUUUAUGAGCUAGUGGAAAAGAAGCCAGUAGUGGUAAUUACAUGGGAGGGAACGCAGCCUGAAAUGCCCUCGAUUUUGUUGAAUUCUCAUAUGGACGUGGUACCGGUUUACGAAGAUCAUUGGAAAUAUCCACCAUUUGAUGCCCACAUAACAGAAGACGGUUGGAUUUACGCCCGAGGCUCGCAAGAUAUGAAGAGCGUGGGAAUGAUACAUUUGGAGGCUGUUAGACGACUUAAGCAAGCUGGCAUUAAGCUUAAGAGGACCGUUCAUAUAAGUUUUGUUCCAGAUGAAGAAAUCGGUGGCGUUGAAGGCAUGCGAAAGUUUUCUGAAUCGGAGGAGUUUCGCAAGCUCAAUAUUGGAUUCGAAUUCGAUGAAAGCGUUCCCAGUGAAAGCCCAAAAACUUUUGUGAGUUUUAAUGGAGAACGCACUGCAAGGCAACUCAAAAUUACGUGCAAGGGUGAGCCUGGCCACGCUGCUUUUAUUAGCAACGAUACUGCUGGAGAAAAACUCAGUUAUAUAAUUAACAAGUUUAUGGAAUUUCGAAAGGAAGAAAGAAAAAAGUUAGAUAAUGGCGCACAGCUGGGCGCAGUUACUACCAUAAACUUAACUAAAGUGGAGGGAGGGAUACAAGUUAACGUGCUACCUGAACAGUUAUCGGCAUCUUUCGACAUCAGAAUAUCGCCUGACGAAGAUCAUGAAGCAUUUGAAACUAUGAUUCAAGGCUGGUGCAAAGAUGCUGGUGAUAAGGUGACAAUGGAAUAUUAUGAGAGGAAUCCAGAAGAAAAGACGACGAAAAUCGACGGUAGUGAGCCCUUCUGGAAUGUUCUCUAUAAAACUAUAUUAGAUAUGGGCUUGGAUAUCAACUGCUUUAUUUGUCCAGGGACAACUGACGCGCGUUACAUUCGUCGCCAAGGUAUCCCCGCUAUCGGAUUCACACCUAUCCUCAACACACCUCUAUUACUUCACGCUCAUAAUGAGAGACUUCACAUAGACGAAUUCAAGAAAGGCAUUGAUGUAAUGGAAAAAGUAUUGCAAGCGAUAGCAGACGCGUAG